AUGGCUUAUUCGAACCAAAAUAGCGUCAACAAAAGUAAAAGGCAUGCGAAUUCCACAUCUAUAUUCAGUCAGGCUCGCCGCAAAAUGUCAUUCCGGCGGAAGAAGUUAUCGGUAGUCCAGCCGGAAGCUGGAGGGAAGAAGAAAUUAUCUAUUUUCCGACGGGAUGGAUUGAAGGGGAAGAAAUUGCAGUACUUAGGUAUGAAGAAAAUAAAAGAAUAUUAUUGGUUGGCAGUAAAUGACAUAUUGGAACGACACCAAGCAAAUGAUACAUUCGAGCAACGACUUGUAAUAGAUACCUCUUUUGCUAUUCCCAUGAUGGGCCUUUCCUUUGCUACUUUUCCUAAUCAGCGUCGUAUCUAA